AUGGGCCUAUCCAGCUCCGUCUGCCCGGAGUGGAACUCGCAGCAGUGGCCGCAAGCCUUCGCCACAUCGCCAUGGACAAGGCCCCUGUUGACCGUGUCCUUCCGCGCGCUUUGGGCUGCCAUCUUUACUGCACACGUUCUCUGGAACUGGUGGGUGCGCGGCAGAGACGACGGACCAUACCACUUCAUAUUCUUGACAGUGCAGGCGAGCUGGAUCGAAGCAGUUGACCUGAUCCUGCAGUGGGUGGUGGCCAUGUUGGGCUUUCAAUACGUGCAGAACCAUAUGGUCGCGCCUGCCGAGCCUUGGCUAGUCCGCAUCUCCAUGGUGCUGAACUCCUUGUCACAGCCUUUGUCGAUGACGGUGGCGGUGCUUUACUGGGUCCUGAUCUAUCCCGGAGGCGAGCUACCUUACAUGGAUGUGUUCCUACAUGGUAUAAACGCAGGCCUUCUGCUCGUAAACCUUCUCUUGACACGUGUUCCCUUCUCUUGUGCGCGAGUCGGGUGGUUGUUCCUGUACCAGAUCAUCUAUGUCGGAUGGACUUUCGUCCAUUAUGCCUUGCGCAUUGGCAUGCCUGGAGGCUGUUGGAGCUGUCCAGAGGAUGAGGCGGCACCGUGCGUGGAGCUGUAUCCGGAUGAUGAAUGUCCGAUCUAUGCAACCUUUGACUGGCAUCACCCUUUCGCUACAGCACGAUUAGGAUUUGGGCUGGCUUCAGUCCUAAUCAUCCUUAUCCAAGCGCUGUAUGUCGCCCUGGUGAGCUGCAGGGCCAUGUCUGUGCGAGGCAAUGCACGCAGACCCGGGAGGUGGCUCCGCCGGCUCCUGAUGGCUUCCGGGGGCCUCUGCCUGGCCCUCCAGGCCGCGCCCAGCUUCACAGGAGUCGCACCGCUGUCGAGGACACUUCCGACACAGAGGUACGCUGCAUCGAAGGGCUUUGGCGACAGCGAGGCAGCUCCGGACAAGAAAGCGAAGGAGGCUGGUAGCGGCAAGAAGGCUAGCAUCAUGAAGAACAAGAAGUCUUCAAAGACGAAGGCGCUGACGAAGCAGCGCCUCAGUGACCUUCGAGACAAGACUCUGGCCCUACGACAGAAGCGCGAGGAAGAGCUCGAUGAAUACGAGAUGGGGAAAGCUAUGAUCGCAAAGUACGGCCGCGAGGUCGCCGUGAUGCCACCACCAGUCGCAGAGCGUGUAGCGAAGCGAGGAAUGGUCAUCGGAGGCUCCUUCUAUGCCACCAUGCUCGCGGUGUUUGGAUUUGGAAUCGUCCUUUUCAAGACUCAGGAAAUCAUCAUACCGCCAACUCUCAUGGCAUUCGUGACUCUGGCGCUCCUGGCUCUUGCCAUCUUCGGUGGUGCCUACGGCAUGAUGUCCGCCAGCUGGGACCCUGACAAGGAGGGCAGCGCUCUGGGCACGGAGGAGUUCUCGGAAAACAUGCAGAUCCUGGGAGAGGGCUUCAGAAAAGCAACCUUGGAAGAAGACUACGAGAAGGCGCUGGAGGCACGGAACGAGAGGCGCAAGCUUCUCGAGGCCAAAGAGAAAAAGAAAACCGAGCUCCUCAACAAGUGA